UUGAUGAGAAGUCUAUAAAAGCUGACUCUUCCCAAAGAUUCGUCCUAUUUGGCAGCUGCUGCCUCUCCCACAGCUUCUGAUCUCUAAGGGGACGCUGCUAUCCCAGAGUACCUGUCACCAUGGCCCACCAAUUCCCAGCUCUCACACCAGAACAGAAGAAGGAGCUCUCUGAAAUUGCCCAGCGCAUCGUCGCCAAUGGGAAGGGGAUCCUGGCUGCCGACGAGUCUGUGGGCACCAUGGGAAACCGCCUGCAGAGGAUCAAUGUGGAGAACACAGAGGAGAACCGACGGCAGUUCCGAGAAAUCAUCUUUACCGUGGACAACUCCAUCAGCCAGAGCAUCGGGGGUGUGAUCCUCUUCCAUGAGACCCUCUACCAGAAGGACAGCCAGGGAAAGCUGUUCAGAAACAUCCUUAAGGAAAAGGGCAUCGUGCUGGGGAUUAAGUUAGACCAAGGAAGUGCUCCUCUUGCAGGAACAAACAAAGAAACCACCAUUCAAGGACUCGAUGGCCUUUCUCAGCGCUGUGCUCAGUACAAGAAAGACGGUGUCGACUUUGGGAAGUGGCGUGCUGUGCUGAGGAUUGACAAACAGUGUCCAUCCCCUCUUGCCAUCCAGGAGAAUGCCAAUGCCCUGGCUCGCUAUGCCAGCAUCUGUCAGCAGAAUGGGCUGGUACCCAUUGUUGAGCCGGAGGUAAUUCCUGAUGGUGACCAUGACCUGGAACACUGCCAGUAUGUCACUGAGAAGGUCCUGGCUACUGUCUACAAGACCCUGAAUGACCAUAAUGUUUACCUGGAGGGCACCCUGCUGAAGCCCAACAUGGUGACUGCUGGGCAUGCCUGCACCAAGAAGUAUACUCCAGAGCAAGUGGCUAUGGCCACUGUCACGGCUCUGUACCGCACCGUUCCUGCAGCUGUUCCUGGCAUCUGCUUUUUGUCUGGUGGCAUGAGUGAAGAGGAUGCUACCCUCAACCUCAAUGCUAUCAACCUCUGCCCUCUACCAAAGCCCUGGAAACUGAGUUUCUCUUACGGACGGGCCCUGCAGGCCAGUGCGCUGGCUGCCUGGAGUGGCAAGGCUGCAAACAAGAAGGCCACACAGGAGGCCUUCGUGAAGCGGGCUGUGGCUAACUCCCAGGCAGCCCGAGGCAAGUACGUUCCCAUGGGCUCUUCCAGUGCUGCGUCCACCCAGUCACUCUACACACCCUGCUAUACCUACUAGAACCCGAGGCUGGGUGGCUGGCUCCGGCUCUUCUAGGUGUCUUGGGAGGUGGGCUGAAAGGGAACAACAACCUUUCGACUGAUCCUGGAAAUUAGACAAGAUUAGAUUGAACCACUGGAAACACAAUGCACGUUAAAUUUCUAGACACAAGAAAAAAAUCAUUUAUUGAAACAAGUCUGAAUGUCAAAGAUCUGAUGAAAUGUCACACGACGGUUUUCCUGCCACACUUCCAGCUGUACAUGCCCCAAAGCAUGCACCUAAAAACAGACUUUAAAACAAAAUCAGCUCUCCAUCCAAGUAACAACUACCAAAUGAAACAUCUCAGAAGCUGAGGGCAGAGAAGUGUGUCUUGUUAAACAACCUUAGGAGUGGUAGGUUAUGAAGGAGACAGCUACAAUCAAAAAAGAAAUAAAAUACGAUACAAAUCUUCAA